AUGAGGAGCACUCAUCAUUUGAUCUCCCUCGCCUGCUUCCUCGUUGUCUCGUUGGCUGCUGCCCAAGCUCCGCCACGCGCCCCGAUCCUUGACACCUCCGGACAAGAGCUGCUCACGGGAGUCCAAUACCGCAUCCGGUCCCCCUUAUGGGGCGACGAGGAAGGCGACAUCAACGUGGACCGCAACUCCUCCUGCCCUCUUGACCUCGUCCUGGCCCGAAGAGUAUUUGCCGGGCCGGGCCUCCCCGUUACCUUCCACCUGCCCCACGAGUCGGUAGCCGUGCGCCCCGUCCUCACCUUGACCGAGGUCAGCAUCCAGUUCUCAACCGCCUCCACCGACACAGCAUGCAACGACGGCGGCGUCUGGACGGUCCGCUUCCAAACGAUCCUCCAGGGCUUCGGCGUCACGACGGGGGGCAGCCUGGGGGCCGCGAACAGCCUGUUCACGAUCGAGCCGGCCGGGAGAGACCAUAGGAUCAGGUACUGUCCCAGGAUUGACAGCCCCGGCGUGUGUGGGGCCCUGACCACCUCAUUUCAAGGCCGCCUGAGCGUGACCCUGUCCGAGGAGGAGGCGGGGUCAUUGCAUGUGGUCUUCGAGAGAGUUGAAGCUGAUGACAUCGCCAUGAUUAAGAUGAGUACAGACAAUUAA